AUAUACAGCAUUGUAAUAUUAGGGCAAAAGUGAUUAAUGACAGGAAUUUAAGAGUUCACAGAAUCUACAUCUAGACUAUAUCAUUUCAGAAAUCAACUUUGCAGAAUUUUUAAAAAACAUGUUGAAGUUGAUUUUUAAUUGAACAAAAUCGGGUUCGAAACAUAUCGUUGUGAUGAUUCUUUUUCUUAUUUGAAAAAAAAAAGCAAGAGUCCCUUGAGCAACAUAUCAUAUUAAAUGGAUAUGGUGUUGAUCUCUGGUAAUGAAAAUUAAUGCAAAUGAAGAGCAAAGAGAACAGCUUAAUCAGUGAUGCCUAUUUCCCAGAGCCCCACAAUCAAAAAUCUUUAUUGUGCUCAACUCUUCCUUGUCCUUUACGUAUUACAACAAGAUUACACAACACAGCUAGAACCUUUUCUCUCUCCUUUUACAUUAAAAAGAAUUGUGUAUUGUAAUGAGCAUUAAAGCCUCACGGGGCCACUGGAGUGGCAACUAAACGUUUGGUAUGCUUUUCAUUUGCAUAGGAAUGAUUUCAGCUGUACAAGAGGAAAAUGAGAGAGAUUAUGUUUUUACCUCUUGAACCCAAAUUCUCCUCCUAAAUUCCCAGGAAGUCAAAAGAUCUUUGCCUUUAUUUGGUACUACAAAACGAAAUAGCAAGGACCGGGCGAGAGAGAGGAGAUGACAUGAGAUAAACAUCUAGGGCCAGGUUCAAACUCAGAACAUCUGUUAAGAGCUGUGCAAGCUGAGUCACCAGGACACCACACAUUCCAUAUUAUUACUAAUGGUGUCUGUUUUACCUUUAUUCUAACAGGACAGGUGUAAAAGCUACACAGGAAAGGAGGAGGACACAAAGAAAACCUGGCAGUGGAUGCUGACUGGGAGCCUCAUCAGCUUGUUUAUAAGGAAGCGAGCGUUCUGAAGCAGCAGUAUAUUUGCCUCUGUGCAGACGAAAGUGUGCCUACCAUCAGACAGCAUGAGAGCCCUUGUCCUGUUUGCGUGCCUGUCAGUGGGCUGCCUAGCUCAGACGCCGCAGCAAUGCAGAUCCCCACCACUGCUGACUGGAAGCCUCUCUGUGUCCACCCAAAGUGAGAAGCUGAUGACCUUUGCCAAGUACAGCUAUGACGCACUGGGAAAGCGCAUCCGCCUCACAGAGUUUGGAUCUUAUAACAACAAGACCUUCCACCUUGAUGUACUUCUACUCUACAGAGAGGGUGUUAUGUAUAAGAUUAACUACAGGAACCACACAUGUUGCAAGAAGCCACUGAAUGUAGACUUCCACCCGCUGGCGAUCCCACAGAAUGCUUCCCUGCUGGGACAGGUUGUGUUGGGCAGCUCCUCUGGUCCAGGACAGGGAGUCCUGGUCAACACCUGGGUGGGAGAGAUGCAGCUGAAAAAGGGAACAGCAAAGUACAUGAGCACUGUCACUGAGUUUGGAUGUGUUCCUGUCAGCACUCUGUUUCAUACCGAUAGACAUGGAUGGGUGGUGACCAGCUUCUUCAACAACGUCAUGGGACUAGUGGACCCUCAACGGCUCAUCCCUCCACCUUUCUGUGAGGGUGCCCAGCUGGAAGAAGAGGAUGGAGAGGAUCCAGUAACCUUCUUCAGCUUGUUUUAAACUAGACUAUUUCCAGAAAUGUAUUGCACUGUGAUGAUGACUACUCUAAAUGACUCUUUGCACUGCAUUAUUACUUUUUUUAGUGGCAGUCAUUGGUGUCUUAGGGACCUAUUCGAUUGAAUCCGGCACCUCCUUUGUCUUUCUUUUAUUUUUUUUAAAGAGAGAGCAGUCAGGUCAUGCAGUGAAGCCUGAGGCGUGUGAGUUUUGUGCACGUCACCUGAGCCAAUGUUACUGUGAUUUGAAUCUAGGAUACCCUCAGCAACAAGGAGGAAACUGGUAAAAUGUCAAAAAGACAAGUUUGUGUAGGUGUAGGCUGUCCAUAGUACUGAAACGGAGCAGAGGAGAUGAUACACAGCACACGUCACUUAGUUUGGUUUUUUAGCCUGCUUCCUUUUCGUGGUUGUAAAUAGAACUUUCCCUAAUUCCAUUUCCCCCCCCAUUGUAGCAAUCCACACACAGAAGGGAAACGACAGGGAAGUGGAGGAACAGUCAAUGAGAGAGUGAGAGACAGUUGUUUCUAUGCGCCUCCCACUGCUGAUUUUGAGUGAUUAUUGCGAAUGCUCUGAUUAAUAAAUGUAAAUAAAUAAUA